AUGGAUUUCUGCACCUGGCUUAAUUUGGUUUUUCAAAACAGAAAGCAUGACUUUGGUGAAAUUCCUGUAACCACUUCCUGGGCACUCUGGCAAGCCAACAAUAAGAGCACAAUGGAAGGAAAGCGACAAUCAUUCCAAGAUAUUUGCUCUAUUAUUUUCAGUAUUAUAAAGGAAAUGAGGGAGUUGAACGAUAAAAUACUUGCUCCGAUGAAUGCAAUGAACUCUAUAUGGAAACCCCCUCAAGAACCUUUUGUUAAGGUGAAUUUUGAUGUUGUGUUCAAAACAACACUCCACCAUUCAUAUUCUGGUUUUGUUAUCAAGAAUAGUAGAGGUUUGCCUAUUGGAUGCGGAUCUAUUUUUAAUAAAUUUGUCUCUGACUCUUUUACAACAAAAGCUAUAGCUUAUCUCCAGGCUUUGGAUUUUGUAAGGGAAAUGAGUUUUACUCAUGUUAAAGUGGAGGGUGAUUCUAGGACCAUGAUUGUCAAAAUAAACCAAGUACUACCAAAUUUUUCAGAUAUGGGGACUUACAUUGAAGAAAUAAAGAUAAAGGUGAGCUCUUUUCAGCACAUCUCUUUUUACCAUAUUGAUAGACGAGUGAAUAUAGUGUCUCAUAUGUUAGCAAAAGAAAGGAUGUCGAUGCGGGAAGACAGGUUUUGGGUGGAGGAUUUACCAACGGCAGCAGAGAUUCACUUGGCUAUAGAUCUCUCGAGACUGGUUUCUCAUAUCUGA